GUCGGACCGCCGCGGCAGCCCCACCUCGGGCCACCGCCCGCACCACAACCACCAGGACUGGUUGUCCGCCUGGGGUCGCCUCGUCGGAGCCAUAACGGGGGGCGGCAGGAAGCUGGGCGUCGGCUCGGGCGGCAGCACCAAGCGGUGCCGCGACGAGAUGGAGUCCGGUGGCGCCGCCGCCGCGGUCUCCCCACCACCCGCCGUCGCGCACAACAGCGCCGAGGCGGCGAUCCCUUCUGCGCAUGCGCAGAGUCUCGUGGCGCAUGCGCCGGCGGCUGCCGCCGUCACUGCGCAUGCGCCGACCGUAGCGCCGGGCCUGGAGCCGGCGCGCAGACAGAGCUGCCUGCCAGUGUCCAGCUACAAACUGCGAAGGUGGUUCCACCCCAACAUCUCGGGCAUCGAGGCGGAGCUGCUGCUGAUGGAGCGAGGCUUCGACGGCAGCUUCCUGGCCAGGCCCAGCCGCAGCAACCCGGGGGACCUCACGCUCUCCGUCAGGAGGAACGGCGAGGUGACGCACAUCAAGAUCCAGAACACGGGCGACUUCUACGACCUGUACGGCGGCGAGAAGUUCGCGACGCUGUCGGAGCUGGUGCAGUACUACACGGAGAACCAGGGCCAGCUGCGCGAGAAGUCGGGCGAGCUGAUCGAGCUGCGCUGCCCGCUCAACUGCAGCCAGCAGCCGGAGGCCGCCGCGUCGUGCACCGAGCGGUGGUUCCACGGGCACCUGUCGGGCAAGGAGGCGGAGAAGCUGAUCCUGGAGAAGGGCAAGAACGGCAGCUUCCUGGUGCGCGAGUCGCAGAGCAAGCCGGGCGACUACGUGCUCUCCGUGCGCACCGACGACCGAGUCACGCACGUCAUGAUCCGCUGCCAGGACGACACUUACGACGUGGGCGGAGGCGACCGGUUCGAGUCGCUGUCGGACCUCAUCGAGCACUACAAGCGCAACCCCAUGGUGGAGACCAGCGGCACCGUCGUCCACCUCAAGCAGCCCUUCAACGCGACGCGCAUCAACGCCAGCGGCAUCGAGAGCAGAGUCCGCGAGCUGCAGAAGGAGAACGGGCAGUCGACGGGCAAGGCGGGCUUCUGGGAGGAGUUCGAGUCGCUGCAGCAGCAGGAGUGCAAGCACCUCUUCUCCCGCAAGGAGGGCCAGAAGCCGGAGAACCGCAACAAGAACCGCUACAAGAACAUCCUGCCCUUUGACCACACGCGGGUGAAGCUGAGGGACGUCGAUCCGAGUGUCCCCGGAUCAGAGUACAUCAACGCCAACUACAUUCGGCCGGACGACGAGGCGGGCGACUCGGGGUGCGGGCGGUGCUACAUCGCGACGCAGGGCUGCCUGCCGGCCACGACGGGCGACUUCUGGGAGAUGGUGUGGCAGGAGAACACGCGCGUCAUCGUCAUGACGACCAAGGAGGUGGAGCGCGGCAAGAACAAGUGCGUCCGCUACUGGCCGGAGGAGGGGCAGAGCAAGGACUUCGGGCGCGUGCGCGUCCGCAACCUGUCGGAGUCGUCGACGGCCGACUACACGCUGCGCGAGUUCGCGGUGUCGCGCCUGCCCCCGCAGCCCCAGCCGGCGCCCCCGCAGGCUCCGGACGGCGGCGACGGCAGCGACUCCGGCUCGUCCGGCGGGGGCGGGGGCGGCGGUCAGCGCCUGCAGCAGAGUCAGCACGUGGUGGCCGUCGGCGACGAGCGUAAAGUGUACCACUACCACUUCCAGGCGUGGCCGGACCACGGCGUGCCGUCGGACCCGGGCUGCGUGCUCAACUUCCUGCACGACGUGAACGCCCGGCAGGAGAGCUGCGGCCCGAGCGCGGGGCCCGUCCUCGUCCACUGCAGCGCCGGCAUCGGCCGCACCGGCACCUUCAUCGUCAUCGACAUCAUCCUCGACCAGAUCAAGCGCCAAGGGCUGGACUGCGAGAUCGACAUCCAGCGGACGAUCCAGAUGGUGCGGGCGCAGCGCUCCGGCAUGGUGCAGACGGAGGCGCAGUACAAGUUCGUCUACCUGGCCGUGCAGCACUACAUCGAGACGGUGCGCCAGCGCGCCCAGGCCGAGCAGGCCGCCCGACGACUUCCCGCGCCAGAUCUACGAGAACGUCGCGGUCAAGGACCGCAAGCUGUCGGCGGCGUCGCUGGGGCCGUCCUCGACGCACCACAUCGGGCCGCCGCCACCGAGCUUCGCCCCUCCGCCCCCGCCGCCUCCGCGCAAGACGUGACACCGGCAGCAGCAGCAGGAGGGGCGCCACGCCGCGCCGCCCCCGCGGAUCGCCGUCCCGCCGGGCGACCUCGCGCCCCUACUGCCGGCCCCGACGCCGCCCCCACUGUCCCCGCCCGAGGACUGGAGGCUCUGAGGGGGCGGCGCACCGCCUCCGGCCGACGUGUGUUCGGACGGGUGCAUCUGCGACGCCCUCAGACGCCUCUGUGUACAGACUCUGCAGUGGACACUCUGACGGGGCGCUCCCCACGUGCAGUGCGAACCUUCUAGUGAGUGCAGUUUGCGACAGAAGUCCGGACCUAAUGUCGUACGUUGAGGACUGGCCGGGAUAUGAGACUGAAGUGUAAUUUUUUUUUACAAGAGGCUGUUGUCACCACUUUGUGGCAACACUUAUUCUUACUCACCAGUGGGAGAACACUUACACAAGACGAGUGUGGUACAUCUUUUAUAUGAACUCCUUACUUAUAGCACUUGACCACAAAAAUUAUCGAAUGUGUGGUGACAGUACAGAAUAUUGACAGGUCGAGGCUCAAACGCGGCGCUUCCCGCUUGUGGCGAGCAGUUUGUCUGACCGCCGAGUACGCCUCCGGGCUCCGUCGAAACUCUCGUGUCUCAGCAGUUGGCAGUUACCGUUUCACGUUAUAGCUCCUUCUCAGACCUCUAGCCCAGCUGAUCCGGUUUUAGUUUCAUUGCAUUACAUCCGUUGUGCAUAACUUGUUGCCCACUUUGCAGCAGUGAGCGUCAUCUUCUGGCCGUACACGAGGAACUGAACUGUCGUGAAACCUACUCCUGUCUGUGGCUCUCUUGUAAAAUUUGAAUGUGGAUAUUUGUACUUUUGAAACGCAUUAUUUGCUCCUCCAUCCCCCCCCCUCCCCCCUUCCGAGUGAGGAAGAUUUUAUACGUAUGAAUGCUGUAAUUGAUGUGCAUAUGAAACUUCAAUAAUUGCCCAUACAAGCCCAGUACGAGGGAUAAGAUUGAAAAGAAAUGACCUGUGUUUAUCAGGCUUCAGCACGUUUAAGUUUCCAGAAUAAUUUGCCCUCAAUUUGUGAGACAUAUUUCUUAACCGACAACAUUUUUUUAAAAGUUAAACAAAACCUAAUUACAGUGUCAAAAAUUUUUACCAUUACCUGAAUGUUUAUACCUCAGUCAAUUUUCAUCUCAUUUCCACCCGUAUGAAACCUCUAAUUACAAUGAAUAACUGACACCCGAGUUCCAUUCUCGUAAGAACCGGCUGCUCAAUUUGACAGUCAUCAGCAAAUGGCCAUUUUGAUGUCAUCGUCAUUGUAGUGUGACUUCAUUGUAUACUGUGAGCCUCCCAUAUUUUUUUACCUGUGCAGACAACAUCCGUUGCUUACAUUAGUGUUCCACUCGAGAAAAUGCAAUUCUGUGUGGUAGUGCACCUCGUUCGUCAUUUUCAGUGGCCUGCACUAACAUAACGUAGACUGCUGUAAAGCUUCUGUAGGAAUUUAAUAAAGAAUUCUCCUCAGAGCUGGAUGUAUCUCCUCGGAUACGGACGGAAUUGCAAAGUGUCUGUUUUCUUUUCACUUGUGACAGAUGGUCUCUCACUUUGCACUUACAUGCAAAUAUUAGUAUGUUCGAAUCAAUUUUCUCAGUUUUCAAUCACUGACAGUGUUUUUUCGAUAAACUUCACUGAGUUAUCAUUGAAUUUUGACUGCUUUCACAAAUUUGGACUGUUUUUGUGCCUCUUCUGCACAGAAAUGAAUGAAUGAAUAAAUGACUUCAGACACUACGAGACUUUCAGUUAACUGAGACAUUUUAAAGAAACACAGACAAAUGCUUCUGUUACAGCGUUUGUGGCUGGCUGAAGUGUCUACAUUUGAAAAUGUUACAUACUUAAAAUAUACACCUCAUACAUAGGCCCUUUCAUACUUUAGGGUGCAGUACGUGAUUUUUUAAUUAUAUACCGGUACUGGAAAUGUGGUGACUGAAACCUACUUCACAGACCACCAAAAUGACUGCGACAGGUUUCUCAAUAGAGUGGUAAAUUCUCUGCACACUACACAAAAUUAUUCACACAGAUGUCGAGGAGGAAAUCGUUCCGCACAUUGCAUUUCAAGUCACUACCAAUUUUUGGCAACACUCGAGGCAGAAGUUUCCACUGCGAGUACUUACACUCGGUCCCUCGAGUACCGUAGUACCGAGGAGAAUAGGCAGUCCUCCGCCUCCUCGUACUGCCGACACCUGACGACGGAAGAUAUCUGGAUCAGUUAGAGUGAAAUGUAGUGUACGAGGAGACGGAGUGUACGGGGAUCGGUGAGAACAGAGGCACACUUCAGAUCUCGCAGCUCAGGCAGACAGUUUGCACGCGGCCCGUUCUCGCUCGUCCCCUCUCUCUCUCUCUUCCGCGUGUUCUUCUCGGUCUUCUAAAACUGCCGUUACCGUACGCGACACGAACGGAACGGGUUUGCCGAGAGACGUCAAACUGCGGGGAGAAAAAGUGUUUUGAGGUCAGGUGUGUCAGCUUUCUCACACGUCGAGUGCUGAGCAGUUUCGAGAGGCCUAAUAUUGUCAGACUGGACAGUGGAAGUGGAAUUUUUUUCUUUUUUUGGAAAAAGGAUGGCUGUGACAUUUUGCUGUGGACAAACAGGUUUGCGAGAGACGAAGAUGGUAUUUAUUGUGAACGCACAGGGACAAUAGAGAACCGUUCGUGCCUCGGGAGAGAUUAUGUCUGAUUGUCACGACGUUAUGUUAUAACUUUUUGUUUAUUGUUUAUUUGUGUUUUCUGCCACAGGGACGAGAGGUCGUACCCGAUCUGUUUUGUUAGUCACAGGUGAGUAGAACGAGAGAAAAGAGAAGCAGUCGCAUACCUCUCUGUUUGUGCGAAUAUUCUUUGUACGUUCCGUGUUGGAGGCACCAGAGAGGAAGAUUUAGCAAAAGUCCUUUUCGGGCAGAUGGCCACUCCACAGUGUCGCAGCGGCCUUCCCCGAUUGGCCUCCCUCUCCCUCUCCCGUAUCCACCCCUCUACUUUGUAGGGUUCCUUACGGACUGGCCCUCUCAGAUUUUCUUCAAACUUGUACAACUUUGGACAUCACCUCGCUUAAGCAGUACGGCACAAUUCUCGAAAACACUUCAGAUAAAUCACUUUGAAGUUUUCCGAGUCAAUUAAGUGGAAAACAUUUCACCUUCCCUGACGGAAUUGCCUGUAGCUCUGCACGUAGUGUUCUAGUUUCCCCAUCACGAGGUCGUCGGUUCGAUCGCCACGUGAGUAAAAACUUUUUAUUUUUGUUUGACUUCGAUAUUUAUUAAGGUGUAUAUUGGAAUGUAAAAGAUUUCUGUCAAGUAUCUUUCAUAAAAGUUUGAGUGUGAUCCUUGCUUUUGUGAGUGAUUUGUAAAAGUCCUUUCAUAGUGUAAUACGGUCAUAAUAAAUGUAGCUGUUAAUUAAUAAUUAUUGACGUAAAUCCUAUUGUGUAGAUCAAAUUAUUGGUAACGCAUUAAAAUUUUGUACGAGAAUCGGAAACAUAUAAUAGAAAUUAUAAUACUUUCUGAUUUCUAGACGUUAUAGAUAAACAAAAACUAUAUUCAAAACAAAAAUAUGUUAUUAAAAAUAUUUAUUUUAGUACUCCUUUUUUCAAGCAACUAGUAAUUAAAAAUGUCACUUUCAUUAAAACAUUACAGUUACCUCAUUAUGUGUUAAUUAACAUGUCAGUUUGAUAAUAAAUGCAAUCGGGAGAAGAGACAAAAAAAAUCCUCCCACGGCAGGAACGAACUAGCUAUCUCGUGAUUGUAACACUAGGACAACUGCCGCACACCCGGCUACGGGCAAUGCCCCCGAGUUUGUCGAAAUUUUUGUACUUCGGAACAAUCGAGUUCGAAACCUCGGCAGCUCCUAGUAUUUUGGGACUCGCGCCCGUGCAGUGACUUUUUGAGAGUACGAAGAAAAUAGUCCGUAAGGGCCCCUCGCCAGAGUAGAACUGGCACCCGUGUCAUCAAUUAUCUGUCGAAUAUUUUCCAGUCUCCGCUUCCCUUACAGCUUUUGCCCUCUACAGAUUCCUCCAGUACUGCGAAAGUUAUUCCCCGACGUCCGACACACGUCCCGUCCCCGUUUUCCACACGAUUCCUCGUCGACACUGCAGAGAACCUCCACAUUUCUCACACUGUCGGUCGAUUCGAUUUACGACCGUCUCGUUCCGAGCCCAGACCUCACCUGUGGCGACAGUACGGAGUCGGGUACGACCCCCCCUCUCCUGUCGUGCGGCGCCCGCCUAAGACACGUGCCUGACGUCGUCACGGCACUGCCCGAGCAGUGCGUGUACUGUCAGUCGGCUGCGCUUUUUUUGUGCUUAAUAAAUAAAGCUGUGGAAAUAA